CAAUCAGUAUAUUUCAUAUUAUUAUUUAUGAUCAUUUUACAUAGAAUUAUUCUUAUUAAUAGUAGUAUUAGUGUGUGGUUGCUAGUUGUAAUGAAUCGUAUCACUUGUUUCAAUCCAGGAGGUAUUUCUUUCAGAAGUGUUGACUGUCUCUUUAAGGGGGAUCGUCGUGUGAAUAGAGUGUCGGUUUACACCUCAGACUCCUCCUCCUUCAGUCCGUGAGGGUGUUUCUUCCUUCUGCGGCUGCCCCGCUCCACUUCUAUCAUCCAGGGAUACAAAUGUUUCUUGAUCCACAUUCGAGUCUGUCAUCGGAGCUGAAUUAUAAAUAUUAAACACACAGUCGGGGAGUUCGUGCGCUUUCAAUCAAACCAUGGGACUGACACACUGACACCCGGAGAGAUUUGGAAGAAGAGAAACUCUGAAGGAACGGGACUGCCUGAAACUUUGAAUCCACACCUUUGUUUCGCGAAACUUUUUUUUUUUUUCGUGCAUGACUUUUUCGUCCUGUGCAGGAGUAUCGGAAGAUUCCAGCAGCCACGCGAAUGGAUAUUAAAUGAUGGACUGUUUUGGGGGUUUAUUUCAGUGCGGUUUAGUUGGAAGAAAACCCCAAUCCCCAACCCACGGGCUUUUGAUCUGAUCAUGGGAAAACUGGGAAUGUCUCGUUUUUUCUAGCCUCGGCACAUUCGCGCUUCUAAGAUUUGGGGUUAGUUCGGAUUACAGGUCCUGCUAAGAGAAGAACAUUUCGUUUUAAUCAGUCUUUUGGGUUUUUAAGUGCCAACAUGCCUCAACUAAACGGGGGAGGAGGUGAUGACCUGGGAGCAAACGAUGAACUUAUUUCCUUCAAAGAUGAGGGUGAGCAAGAGGAGAAAAUAUCCGAGAACGUGUCGUCGGAGAGAGAUCUGGACGAUGUGAAAUCUUCUCUAGUGAACGAGUCCGAGAACAACAGCAGCUCAUCAGACUCCGAACAAACAGACAGGCGUCCUCGACCCAGACCAGAACUAGAAAGUUAUGAGAAACAGAGAGAACACUUUGCGGAAGCUUUGAGACGACAACAAGAUGGAGGAUUUUUCAAGGGACCCCAUUAUGGUUAUCCAUUUCUUAUGAUCCCAGAUAUUACGAACCCAUACCUCUCCAACGGAUCCCUAUCUCCCAGCACACGAACGUAUCUACAAAUGAAAUGGCCUCUUCUUGACAUUCCUGGGGCUGCGGCCCUCAAAGACUCCAGAUCACCCACACCAGGGCACUUAUCCAAUAAGGUGCCGGUAGUACAACACCCCCAUCACGUUCAUCCCCUCACACCGCUGAUUACCUACAGCAAUGAACACUUUUCCCCGGGGACGCCUCCCUCUCACCUCUCACCGGAGAUUCUCGACCCAAAGACAGGCAUACCAAGGACCCCUCACCCUUCAGAGCUGUCCCCAUAUUACCCUCUCUCUCCUGGGGCAGUUGGACAGAUCCCUCACCCUCUAGGAUGGUUGGUUCCUCAGCAAGGCCAGCAUAUGUAUUCCAUCCCUCCUGGGGGCUUCAGACACCCCUACCCUGCACUCGCCAUGAACGCCUCCAUGUCUAGUCUGGUAUCCAGUCGUUUCUCUCCUCACAUGGUGCCUCAUCAUUCUCACGGCCUGCACCAGACGGGCAUCCCUCACCCUGCCAUUGUGUCGCCUGCCAUCAAACAGGAGCCCAGCGGCGACAACGCCAGCAACUCGACACACGGAAAGUCUCCGAUGCAUGUGAAGAAAGAGGAAGAGAAGAAGCCUCACAUCAAGAAGCCCCUAAAUGCCUUCAUGCUCUACAUGAAGGAAAUGAGGGCCAAAGUAGUGGCCGAAUGCACCCUGAAAGAGAGCGCAGCCAUCAACCAGAUCCUGGGCAGGAGGUGGCACUCUCUUUCACGUGAGGAACAGGCCAAAUAUUACGAACUCGCCAGGAAAGAACGGCAGCUGCACUCUCAGCUUUAUCCGGGCUGGUCUGCGCGAGACAACUAUGGAAAGAGGAAGAAACGGAAGAGAGACAAUAAACCUGAUUCCCCACCAGAGUGUAACUUCUCGCCCCAGCCCAAGAAGCAGUGUAUGCCGUACCUGCCGUCCGAGAAAAUGUGCGACAGCCCUACCUCCUCGCACGGUAGCAUGCUGGACUCGCCCGCCACGCCAUCGGCCGCCCUGGCAUCGCCAGCGGCCCCCGCGGCCACUCACUCGGAGCAGGCGCAGCCCCUGUCCCUCACCACCAAACCGGAGGGGAGAUCCCACCACUCACACUUCCCCCUGCCAGGGAAAGCCUCAGGCUCCACUUCCUCUUCCUCCUCCUCCUCCUCGUCCACCUCCUCUCAUCCGAACAUCUCUCUCCACAGCCAGUCGGCGAGCCUCCUUUCCCGUCCCAUCCCGUUCACCACCCUGCCUCCCUCCCUACUCUCCCCAUCCUCACCCUACCACCAGGCAGCCCUACAUUCCCAUCAUGCCUUGCUGCAGACACAACCUCUCUCCUUGGUCACCAAAUCAGUGGAGUGAAAAAAUUUUGAUUAAAAAAAAACAAACUUUUUACACCUGUAUAUUGCUUUGUUUUUACAUUUUUAUAGAUAUUAGACCAAGUUUUUAAGAUAGAAUGAAAAGGAAUGAUUAUUGGUCAAUAUUUGAUCACCCCUCUAUUUUGCUUUUCUCUUUUAAACAAAAAUGUAUUUUUUUUGUAAAUUGCUUUUUUUUUCAGUGUGAUUCUCCAAUGUUGCUACUUGUAUAAAAGACAAAUGUAUAAAGGUUCCUUUUUUUUUUAAAGCCGUACUUGACAAAAUACAAUUUGUAGUUUUAGUUCAAUUCAAUCUAUUGGUAGUUAGGAGUUUGAUUUUUUUUUUUUUUUUCUCUUCUUCUUCUUCAUUACUGCUUUCUGUUCUUCUCUCUUGUUUUUUAUUUUAUUUUUUCGACUUCUUUCUUUUGGUACCACCACCUCACCCUGUUCCUAACCCUGUUUGUGUGACUCUCCUAAGACUCCAUAGCUAAUAAACCUCAAGUUAUUUCUAAA